AUGAUUGGGUCGAUGGGUGGCGAAGAAGGACGAUUCAUUUCUUCAUAUCGUUCACAGAGAAGAAUGAAAAGUUUGAAUGAAAAGAUUUUCAAGAAUAAAAGGAAGAAAGUUGUAAGAAUUAUUCCUACAAAAGCAAUUCGGUCAAUGGCUCUUACUUCCUUCUUACCACCCACAAUUCUCACACCCACAAAAAAAAUCGAUUCAAGUUUGCAAAAGAUUAAAGCUCGUCGUCGUAAUUUUUUCAUCUGUUGCUUCAUGAUGUUCACUGAUAAACACAACACCAAGUAUGGUGUAAUGUUUGUAAGAAUGAAAUAA